UAUGAGGCUCUGUCGUACAGAUGGGGAGAUGAAAAGUCAGAGGUGACGAUCAUGAUCGAGGGACAACUCAUCACUGUUACCCCCAAUCUCUCAAUGGCACUGGCAGAUGCUCAGCCCACCAUCAAAGAUAGUCCCCUCUGGGUUGACGCUUUGUGUAUUGACCAGCACAAUAUCCUGGAGCGCAAUCACCAGGUUCAGAAAAUGGCAACUAUCUAUCGGAAGGCGAGCCGAGUUCAUGCUUGGCUCGGAAUGCCUGAUAAGCAGAAUUCAAAUAAAGGAGAUAGCAGGGUGGAGACCUUACUGUCCGCAAUCCAGGAAAGACAAUACGUAGCUGACUGGAUCUCGUUGGCUGCUGGUACCGAGCUUCCUUAUUGGAACAGACUUUGGAUCGUUCAGGAGAUCGGCUUGGCC